CCCUCGUCGGUCACGUGAUCAUACAUGAUAUUUGUCCGUGUUGGUUAGCAGUGAAGCUGGAAAAGCAAUCGCUUUUUUAUAAUACAUUUUAAGAGAACGCAACGAUAAACAUGGAGAUAGGAACAGAGAUCAGCAAGAAAAUAAGAGCUGCCAUCAAGGGCAAGCUUCAAGAGCUGGGUGCCUAUAUUGAUGAAGAACUUCCUGACUAUAUUAUGGUGAUGGUAGCGAACAAGAAAACCUCCCAACAGAUGGCUGAUGAUCUCUCCCUUUUUCUUGGAAACAACACUAUCAAAUUCACAGCCUGGCUACAUGGUGUCCUUGAGAAGUUAAGAACUGUUGCAGUCGAGCCUGCAUCCCUCAAACAUCAGCUGCAGUCCGACAGUGGUGCUGUGGCUUCGAAGAGCCGGUCAUCUGUAAGCGAAGACAGCAGAGCAGAUGAGUUAAAGGUGCUGACGGUGUCCAGUUCACGCUCUGAUAGGACUGAAGCUCGUGUGUCCAGUUCAGCUCAUGAAAGCAGCAGAAGAGGCGCCUUGGAGAAGAGUUCCUCUCGACUUACCUCCACUGUUAAGCCCCUCAUGGAGCUGCUCCCCUUAGAGGCUGUCAUUGACAUCAAACCUGAGAUGGAUGACGACCUCAUUGCUGAGGACCAUUUAGAAAUAGGCACAAACCAUGGUCGAACACGCCGCACAGCUAAUAGACCCACCGCUGAAAUCUACAGACCGGCUCAGAGCAAGUUUACAUCAGUAAGCUCUGCGGAUUCAUGUCGACCCACAGAAGGAUCCUCUAACACUAGGCAGCAGGACAGCAGAAACAGCAGAUCCUCCAGGACUGGGUCCAGUAAGCAGGAGGAGUUGUCACGGAAGCGUAAGGCGCCCGUAGCGAGUUCAGUGGUGCGAGUGAACCGAGCGGCAGACGAAGACAGCGAUGACGUGGAAGAGGAGGAUCCAGGCUAUGGAGGCAGAGGCCUGUCAAGUAGAGUGUCCCUACCCUCCAAACCAGAACGCAAACCUACUCUCCCUCCAGGCAAGCAAGCAAACCGGAAUCUGAUACUGAAGGCCAUCUCUGAGGCCCAGGACUCAAUCACCAAAACUACAGCCUACCCCACAAUACCACAGAGGCAGACUGUUCCUGUGGCACCUCGUACUCGCUUGGCCAGCAGCGAAGAGAUGACUGCAGCCAUCCAGCUGGUCCAGGACCACCUCCACAGCCUGGCCCCUAGGGUUCAGACCUACACCUCCACAGAGCUACCUCCCACCAGAACACCUGCUCCAGUGAGAUCUUUAGCUUCACGCCUCCAGUUGGACUUACCAGAGAGCAACGAUGGAGCCGAGCAGAGUGACUAUGGCGUUGAGGUCGCUGCAGGCAGUGAGGCGAAGCCAUUUGAUACCCGCUCCUUCAUAGUGAGUCGAUCGCAACUGCAAGAACCUCCAGCCAGAAGCCAGCAGCGCCCUCAGGUCAAAGAGGAAGUCCAGCCUGCUUUGCCACGCACUGUCCAGGCCAGUAAGGAGAGGGGCGACUCUGCCAGCCCCAAGUUCAUUGUGACAUUAGAUGGGGUACCGAGCCCUCUGGGGAAUCUUGCGGACUGUGAGAUGGAGCUGGAUGACGUGAGACCACCCUCAAAGGUCACAGAGGCGACCGUACACGCCAACAGGGAGCCCAAAGUCAGUGUUCUUCACAGACUACAGGGAGGAAUCACAUCUGAAGAUGAUGUGAUGGAGGUUGAGAUGGCGGAGGAGGGUGCGGUCCCUGUAAAGAAACCAAAGGUGAUGGAGCGCUGCAAGUUCUGGCCGGUCUGCAAAAGUGGAGAUGAGUGCACAUACCAUCACCCUACAACACAGUGCAAAACUUUUCCCAGCUGCAAGUUUGGGGAUAAAUGCCUUUUUGUCCAUCCGAAUUGCAAAUAUGACGCCAGAUGUACCAAGCCAGACUGUCCCUUCACUCAUGUCAGCCGCAGAAGCACAGUUGGUCCUCUUCCCAGGCCAGCAGUGCAGCCAGUCCAAACGGCUAGCGUGUGUCGGUUCUUCCCAGAAUGCAAGAAGAUGGACUGUCCGUUCUAUCAUCCCAAGCCAUGUCGCUUCGCUGCGCAGUGUAAACGGGCCGGAUGUACCUUCUACCACCCAACCACAGCUGUGCCUCCCAGACACGCCCUGAAGUGGACAAAAGCGCAGAGCAGCUAAUAAAGUCCAGGGAGCCUGACAGAAGUCUGAUUAUGUUAACUUGUGGAGCUGGGGAAGAUGUUCUGUGUAUAUGGGUUUUCAUUUCAUGUUUUAUUUUAAUUAAUUGUUGUUUGGAUUUGUUUUUAAGAGAAGUGUUUUGUAACAUGAACAUGUUUUCGCUGAAGCUCUCUGAAUAUUAAAAUACUCCACAUUGUA